CGGAACCAGAACGUACGAAACUGAAUUGGACAUCGAACGGAGUAAUGCAUGUGCACGUGCAGGGUCGUUAAUAUUUCGCGUUACAAUAAAAUUUAUAAUUAUUUGUUUAAUUGACAUAUCACUCAACGUCGAUCAUCUGAAUUGCGAGCGCCAUGUCGGAGAACACCUUUGAAGACAGAAAUAAUACAUCUUGCGAUUAUAAACUUGAAGAUCUUGAAGACGUGCAGUCGCAGUUGUACGCGAAUAUUUAUUACGAAUCGAAUAUCGAAGGCGAUUCUUCAAAAGCUACGGAUGUUCCAAAGACAAUAAGAUUUCACAGUGUGACUGAUGAAUCGAAUUUUGACGCGGAAGACCAACACAAGCCUGAUGACAAGCGGUCUAUGGAAUCCGAGGCUGUUAAAGAAUCAGUAGUAAAUGCUGAUGUAUUGAAGGAACCAGUAGAAUCUGUUCAGACUACUACUAGUGACAGAGCAUCUGGUAAAGAAACAAAUCCUACGUUACACAAGCCUGACAAUGUUAAUAAGGCACCUGAAAAUUCUUCAGCAACCAAAGCAAAGAGAAGCUCAAGUAGUUCUUCCAAAAAAUGUAAAUCGUCUAAAUCGCCUAGACACGCCAGAAAGAUUUGUCAAGAUGAUUUGCAAGAGGACAAUACUGGUCCAACGAACGAUGCGGAGAUAUAUUCAAAGUACAAUGUCCUCCAGAAGCAAGAGAAACGAAAGAAGCGUAACGAGAGCACACGAGUGUCGGGGGACAAUUCAGAUUCCGACUCUAUUUUUGAGGUUCCAGUUCCACCGAAACCGAUACCACUGCUUAUAAAUCUGCAAGAUUCUGAGGAGGAAGAUAAUAGAAAUUCAGAAGAUAAUAGAAGGAGGAAGAUAAUAGAAAUUCAGAAUAAGCGUGAUCCUGUAUCAGGAAGCUCAGGUAACAGAGAUGUUUCGAAGAAUGCACGUUCAAAAGCGAUAUAUCAAGCGUUUAUAUCAAGCGUGACUAUUAAUUCGAACGUUGCAAGGAGCUCGAAGAACAGUCGCGACAAAGAUGUACCUUCCAAAGACAAGAGCGGUAGUAAAAGUAAAUUUCCGUGUAAUAGAAACACUUUAAUCGAUUUGGAAUUGGAGCCGCCAACAUGCAUGCCGGAACUCGAGGAAGAUAUAGUUUUAAAUUGCACGAAUGCUCAGAGAGAGGUCAGGAACAUUAAUUACGAGCGGGUGUCUCAGGUAUUUAAACCGUUUUCUAAAAACGCGAAUACGCAAAGCGCAUUACCUGUAGCGAGAAACUGGAAUGCAAGAAGGGAACCGCAGAAUACGGCGAGGAAUACGCUACAAGAUAUGUCGAGGACAGGUAGCAGGACUGGCGCGAAUCUGCAGGAGAAAACAUUCGCGACGCCACUAAGAAGAUCGUCAAGACUGAAAAAGAUGGAGCAAAAUAUCGGCCGAAGUAACGCGCAAUGUAAUACGGAUUAUUCGUGGCGUACGGGUAGAGGUAUCUCCGCUAAUAUGAGGACCGAGUUGUCGUGCGGCAGCGGUAACGCGACGGACUGGAAGAGACGACGCGACGACGAGGAUCGAGACAAUCCUGAAGUAAUAAAACGACAGUGCAUCGUUCAGCGAUGCGAUCAGGACGUCGCGCCGCACUGCAGCGGCAGCGGACAGGGGAGCAAUAAGUCGUCGAGCGUUUCCUCUUUCACUUCGAUGCCGGAGAGCUUGAGGAACCGUUACUACUCGACUCGUGGCCAAGAGAAUUUCAGCGUGGCCGAGAUGCAGCGCGGCAUGUCGAGGGACCCGCGAAUGUGGGCGAUCCUGGACGAGGACCUGAUUCCCUUCGGCAAGAGGCAGUGCUGGAAGAUGCGAUGCACGAAUUGCCAGCAGGACGGCCACCGGUGCGGCGACUGCACGAAUCCACGUAAAUUGCCGUGCUGCCACAUGUGCGGCAUGGAAGGCCACAGCGAAUUCCGCUGUCCGAAGAAGAGCUGCUUGACUUGCGGUAAGCAGCAGAGCGCGUAUCGUAAAAAUUGUGAAUACUGUCGUGUCCUCUACUGUACUAUGUGUAAUUCGAUAGGACACAAGCUACAGCAGUGCCCGGAUCUAUGGCGACGAUACCAUCAGACGAUCAGUGUGGACAGCCUGCCACUGCAGGAUCCGGGUAACGUGAUGAAACCGCCGAAUCAGCUGCACUGCUGCAACUGCGCCAAGCGCGGCCACGAGUCGUCCAUGUGCAACGAGUACCGGUGGUCCCCGCACUUCCCUACGCCAGCGGCCGUUUCCAACUACAUCGACGGACCUGUGUACAUAAUGGAGAACUUGGCGAGCGGCCUCCAGACGACAAAUAUCUCGACGCCCGUAGUAACAAGCGAGCCAAUACCGGUUCCUCAAUCUCCAAGGGAGCAAACAACGGGAGAACACGUGAGACCUUCUGUGAAUGCAGAAGCAUCGAGUGCCAGCGAGACGCCGAUUCCGCAAGAGGCCGCGUGGGUUCGAGAAACGAGAGAAACUUCGUAUAUUCCUAUAACAAUCGAGCCUUCUUCUUGUCCUAAAGACAACCAUAAGAACAUGUCUUCUUGUCCUAAAGACAGCAACCGUAAGCAAAAACUAGAUGAACUAAACGCGAUGCACUGGAUUAAUAUUGUAUAUAAAUGCGGUACGAUAAUGCAUCACAAGAACGACAAAACCCUAAGGUCAAUAUUGAACAAUUUGGCUACUCUUCCUAGCAUGGAACAUUAUUUUCCUUUCUCUAGAAGGAAUAUGAUAAUCAGCGAUUUAGAGGCACGCAAGAUUGCUCCGGUAUUCCUUGAGAAGUUAUCCGGAAAGCUAGAGUUCGAAGUGAAAAUAGGAUUUGUACGCGAGCAUAAGGGCAUGAUAAUGCAAGUGAUAGCAUUGGAAUGUUACGUGGGUUACAUCAACCAACUGCUGACUCAUUGGAUCCAUAUUCCGGACGACGAAAAGGAUUACGGAGUGGACGUGACCUUACCUAUGAAUCGCAUAAAGAUGUAUAACUUGCUAAACACGAGGCGACCGCAACUGCAGAAACUACAGUUCACAUCUCUCGAUGAGCACACGAAGCGCAAUGAAAAUGAUCCACAAUACCUUUUCUGGAUCAUAAAGCGAGCCAAGGCUGAAUUAAAAGGGCACAGACAUACAAAAAAUACAAACGAAUAUUUCCCUCUACGCAAGAAAUUGUGGCGCUUGCAGAUCAAACUUCUUAUCAUUGUUAAUACCGCGACUGCACUAAAAAAGUGUAAUAAUUAUGUAUCUCUCUUCUUGGAAGAGAUGCAGUGCCUAAAACAAGCUAAGCAUAAACGGAAGGAAAAUCUCAGCCCUGCACAAUAUCUUAAACUCACUCUGCUCUAUAAUCGUUUGUUCGUGCCGCACACGUCACGUUAUCUCUACAAAAUAUUGCAUUGCAUUCAGGAAUACGAGAAAACGAAGUACAGUAACAAGUAUUGUCCGUCGCAAACACAACAGCAGAGCAAAAUGACGUCAUGUAAGCAAGACAAUCCUGCAUUGUAUGCCAGUGAAAAUGCCUCGUUAUUUCCCGCGGCGUCUUGCACUGUGCAAGAUAUUCAUUUUACUCAAGAUCCCCCAUUGCUUCUACAGCAGCAUGCAGAUAACGAUAUCUCAAUCGAGAGAAAUGACGUGAACGAUAUUCCACUUAGAACCAGCGACGCAACAAAUGACAAGUGCGACGAGCUGUUCGUAAUCGAUAGUAUUGGUGACCAGAACUUUCAAGCUGCUACACCGUUGACUACCGAAUCGAUACCGGUACCAUCAAAAUGUGUGGAAAAAGAUGAAGUUCAAGCAUCAACGAGCUAUGUAAAUUAUAAAGUCAAUGUAUCCGCUAGCAAUGAGGGUAACGCACACAUAAGACAAAUUAAUCAGCCACAGCUUAAUUCGCAGGUGAACUCGAAAAAGAAAGGGAGACAAAUAUUUAUAAAUUUACAUCAGGAUAAAAUUACACGUGACAAGGCAUUAAAUCUCGUACAAGAGGCUCGUGCAUUUCAAUCGCCUCAUAUGAUGAAAGCAGCCAACGAAUUCGAAAAAAAGAUUAACAAUAACGCAGUUAUGUUCAAUCAUAUUCGCACAUUGAGAAAAUUGAUUAAUCUAGAAAAGAAAUAUCAAAAAAAUGUAAAGAAUUUUUGCAAUUAUUUGCAGGUGUAAUCUCUCUGCAGAAAUUAUUCGAUGUAGCAUUCAUUCGAUGAUAACGCGAUAUUGCGAUCGAAGUUGCUAGAGGAAUGUUAAGUAUUUUGUUUAUUUUAUAUGUACUAAAUAUGCGAAAAUUGUUUCUUAUGUUAAAUAAUAUGUGCAUACUAUGUUCGAAGAUCAGAAAUAAGUGGACAAUUGUUAUAAUAGAAAAUAAAGUAUUUUGGAAAUCAUUUAACCAUAUGUAUUCACUCCUGCUCUAUUAAUUGUAUGUUACUGUUUCAGUAACGCGUGACGUUGAUAAUAAUGUUUGAAAUUAAAUCUACAUUAUUAUUAGACUGUAGUUAUUUUGUAUACUUAUACAAAUGGAUUGUACCUGUAUCUGUCUUUUUAUAUUUCUCAAUGAAAUAUUAAUAAAUGUGUUGAUCACUUCUCUUAUUAA